AUGCGCUGUAAGGCUGAUACAAUUUUUGCUUGGAUUUAUGAUGAUAAUGAUGUUUUUCAUUCGCCUAUAUCAUCUGAUUCCGAAGAUGAUGAUUGUCAACCGGCGAUUGACGAGCUCGACCAAUCGAUAUUCACUGAUAAUUUUAAUAUUCGAAAAAAAUUUCUUCAAGAUACAGGUUUUGAUGGUCGAAUAACUAAAACAUUUUCUUACGCCAAUCUUCAACCACGCAGUCAGUGUAAUUUCCGUUGCCAAUCAAGGAAAAUACUCUCUCACGUUUUGAACAUCCUUAGUGCAAAAGAAGCUGAUAUUAUUUGGAAAGAUUAUAUGAAUGAUGAAUAUGAAGAUUAUAUUGAUGAAAAGUAA